UUUCUUUUGCGUAUCAUUGAUUUGUUACUGUUCCUUUUUCUUAUGCCAUAAUGCCAAUUCGUGUUGUUCCUCUAGGAGCCGGUCAAGACGUCGGUAGAAGCUGUAUUCUGGUGACCAUUGGUGGCAAGAAUGUCAUGCUUGACUGUGGAUUUCAUAUGGGUUACAACGAUGCGCGUCGUUUCCCUGAUUUCAGUUACAUUUCAAAGUCGGGCCAGUUUACCGAUGUUCUCGAUGCUGUGAUCAUUAGCCACUUUCACCUGGAUCACUGUGGUGCUCUUCCUUACUUUACCGAAAUGUGCGGUUAUGACGGUCCGAUCUAUAUGACCCAUCCUACUAAAGCCAUUGCUCCAAUUUUAUUGGAGGAUUAUCGAAAAAUCACCGUGGAUCGUAAGGGAGAGACCAACUUCUUUACAUCGGAAAUGAUCAAACGCUGUAUGAAAAAAGUCGUGCCUAUCAACCUCCACCAAACGAUCCAAGUGGACGACGAAUUGGAAAUUAAAGCUUACUAUGCUGGCCAUGUCAUUGGCGCAGCAAUGUUUUAUUUGCGUGUCGGCCAGGAGUCGUUGGUAUACACGGGCGACUAUAACAUGACACCCGAUCGUCACCUUGGAUCCGCUUGGAUUGAUAAAAUACGACCCGACGUUUUGAUUACCGAAAGUACCUACGGCACAACCAUUCGCGAUUCGAAACGCUCCCGUGAACGCGAUUUCUUAAAGAAAGUACACGACUGUGUGCAAGAAGGUGGAAAGGUUCUGAUUCCGGUUUUCGCUCUCGGCCGUGCACAAGAACUGUGUAUCCUUAUCGAAUCUUAUUGGGAGCGUAUGGGUCUGACCGUCCCUAUCUACUUCUCAGCCGGCCUAACCGAACGUGCCACGCAGUUUUAUAAACUGUUCAUCAACUGGACCAACCAAAAAAUUAAAUCGACCUUUGCCGAACGUAACAUGUUUGAUUUCAAGCACAUCAAGCCUUGGGAUCGAGCCAACGCGGACAUUCCCGGCCCCAUGGUUUGCUUCGCUACGCCCGGUAUGUUGAACGUCGGUACUUCGUUGGAGAUCUUUAAAAAGUGGGCGCCCGAUCCAAAGAAUAUGAUUGUCAUGCCAGGGUUCUGUGUCUCGGGAACCGUCGGUUAUAAAGUGUUGCAAGGCUUCAAAACCAUCGAGCUGGAUAAGUAUACGUCGGUGAAAGUGAACCUUCAGGUUCGCAAUCUCUCUUUUAGUGCACACGCGGACGCCAAAGGUAUCAUGCAAUUAAUCCGUCAUUGCGAACCACGAAACGUGGUGUUGGUCCAUGGACAAGCGGAUACCAUGGACUAUCUCAAAAGUAAGAUCAUGAAGGAAUUCGGGAUCCCUUGCUAUAAUCCUGCCAACGGUGUCACCAUCACCAUGCAAACCAGUGGAGCCAUUCCAGCCAGGAUCAGCACCGAUUUACUAAAGUCAUACCUUGUCAACAAGAGCGACAGUCUGUCUGAAAAUGCGGGCAGUCUAUCAUCGCCGCAGUCAUCGAUACCUAUUCAUGCUACCGUCAAAGUAACGUGCGCACCGGAAAAGAAUGCGCGGCAAUCAUGGUCUCAGGUAGAAUUAGUGGAAACGUCCCGUUUAUUCAGUUCAGAGGCGUCUCCGCAGUCGUCCGCUGGGUCACGUCGUCAACUGUUCUUUCAAGUCGAAAAAAAGUUCAAUACUCGAACCUUAUUACCGGACCUAGGUGGAAGAUCUGCUUCUGCUGAACCUGAGGUCGUCCAUCGCCGCAUCAUGGACUUGAUUCACGUCAGUUUGAUCCAGGCUUUGGGUAAUCCUGACUAUAUUGAACGGUAUCCGACCAAACUUGUUCUGCGAAACAUCACUCUCAACUUUCACGAAGACGCUCCAGAAACGCUCCAGAUACGAUGGGAAUAUCAAGACGAAGAUCUCGCCAGUUGCGUUCUGGGUGCCGUUAAUCUCGCCCUUUCCUCAUAGACAAUUGAACAUCGCAUCGUACGCCAAUCACGGUAUCUCAUAAAUCACAAAGCACAAAAGUAAAAUCAUUUCAACCCACUUAUUCUUUCAUGUCCAAUAUCUCCAUAAAUGUCAAGCAAGUGAAGUAAUAAAGUAAUCCCUACUCCACAUUUCACCCUCCAAUUCGUGGCAGAAAGCGGCAAGGAAGCCCAAUUGAGCAAAA